AUGAUUGCCUCCAACCCCUUAUUGGGACUCCUAACAACUUUGUUUGUCUCUCAGGAAGCUGCAAGCGCCUCCUUAAGCACCCUGUAUAAGGAGACGGUCCACCCCUGAAUUGACCUCAUUGAUUCCCUGAGAGCACUUGCAGUGGAAAACAACUUGGCAUUGCCAGCGAUUGCUGCGAUUGGACACCAGAGCUCUGGGAAAAACUCAGUUCUAGAAGCCCUGUCUGGAGUUGCACUCCCUUGGGGCAGUGGUAUUGUUACCCGAUGCCCCUUAGCGCUCAAACUGAAGAAACUGCCGCAUAAAAGCAAGUGGAAAGGGGACAUCCAGUAUUCAGGCAAGAUGUGCCCACUGACUAGCCCAUCAGAUGUAGAAGCUGCAGUAAUCAAGGCCCAAGAUGAGAUAGCUGGAACAGGAGUGGGCAUUAGCCACAAUUUAAUUAGUCUGGAAAUCAGCUCUCCAGAUGUUCCAGACCUUACUCUGAUUGCUCUGCCAGGGAUUGCAAGAGUGGCGGUGGACAACCAGCCACAAGACAUUGGCCAACAGGUAAGUUGGCAUUGAUCAAAACAUAUUUGCAAGCACGAAACGAUCAAUUUGGUGGUGGUGCCAAGUAACAUAGAUAUUGCAACCACAGAGGCACUGAAAAUGGCUCAGGAGGUAGACCCUCAGGGAGAGAGAGCGCUUGACAUUCUGACCAAGCCUGAUCUGAUUGACAAAGGAACGGAGCAAGAGGUAAUUAACAUCGUCCAAAAUCAAAGAGUUCCUCUGAGAAAAGGAUACAUAAUAGUGAAAUGCCAUGGACAAAAUGACAUCAAUGACAAAAUGAGCUUGGAAGAAGCAAUCCAGAAAGAGAAAAUUUUCUUUGAGGCGCAUCCUGUCUUCAGUCCCAGAGAAUUAAGUGGAACUACUAUCCCACUGCUGGCAGAAAGGCUUACAGAGGAGCUGAUAGGACACAUUAUUAAAUCACUACCAGCAUUAGAAAAUCAAAUAAAAGACAAACUUGAAGUAGCACAUAUGAAGCUUCAGCAAUGUGGCCAAGGUGUGCCUGAAACUAUGGAUGAGCAGAUGCUUUACCUUAUAGAAAAAAUCCAAAAUUUCAGUAAAAGCAUUUCUGAAAAAGUGGAGGGUCAGGAAAUUUUAAUGGAUGAGCAAAACUCAAGAAUGCUUGCAGGAGUUUUUACAGGGGCAGUCAUUAUUAACAUAAGCCUGACUGGGUGCCUGGGACCUCUUGGCUUAAUAAUUGAUUGUGUUGCUCUUUCAGUAGGAGGCAUUUUGAAAGAAGUCAGCACCUUUGAUACGAAAUACCGUGGCAAAGAACUCCCUGGGUUUGUCAGUUACAGGACCUUUCAAGAAAUUGUGAAGAUGAACAUAGAGAUGUUACGUUCACCAGCUAUUGAACUCUUAAAGGAAGUUGCAGGUCAGUUCUGCAGUGAUGCUUUACUUUCUAUUCCCAAAUCUGAUUUCUUUCUGUUUAAAUAUAUAUCUAUAUCCUCUUAUUUUCAGAGUGCAGGAAUCCGUAUUGGCACCCAAAUUCCCAUGAUAAUUCGGACUUGCGUUCUCCACGAUUGUGCUGAGAAGUUGCAGACUGCAGUGUUGAUGCUCUUGCAAAAUAAAGAUCAGUACGACUUUCUGCUUCAGGAGGAGAAACAUGUUGCUGGAAGGAGGACCAGGGUAAAGGAACAGAUCAGCCGUCUAACCAAAGCUCAACGGUGCUUGGUAAAAUUUCCCAUUUAAACAGGCAGCGGUAGCUAGUAAUAGGGAAUAUCAUUCAGUGAGUUACUCAUACCAUUGAGUAACUGAAUUAAAUAUUUAUUUUGUUCAUAGUCCACAAUUGUUUAAAGUGCUCACACUAAACAGCUUAGGGCCUGGAUAUCUAAAGGAGUGUCUUCUCCCAUAUACACCAUCCCUUAGAUCAGGUCCCUCUCCAUGAAGCACCCUUGAAGGAGAUAAAGAGGGUGGCUAUGAGGGAAAGGGCCUUCUUAGCUAUGGCACCCCAUCUGUAGAAUCAUCACCCCAAGAAAAUAUAUCCUGUACCGUUGUUAUAUGUGUUUUGGCACCAGAUCAAAGCAUUGUUAUUUUCUUACCAUGUUAUGCUAUUUAGUUUUAUACUGGCUUUUAAACAGUUUGGUACAAGUGGAAUAGCUGUUACUAGGUAUUGUUUUGUUUAUUGUUUGAUUAUAUGCCUGCCAAAUUGUGGAUGUUAUGACAGGCAAGUUAUUCAUAUUAUGGCAAACUAGAUGUGAGUACCAUAGCACAGUAUACUUCAGUUAAAUUAGACUAGAGCUGCUAUUUGGGCCUAUCCACAAACAAUACGCUUGUGCAUUUCUGAGCACAAUUCAAAGCAUAUGGUCACCUAUAAGGCCUUAUUACAGCUUUAGACUGAGACCUCCAAAUAUUUUGGAAUACAGGUGCCAGCAUUCCUUAGUACUGAUCAUGCUGUCAGGGGCUGAUGGGAAUCGGAAAGGUAGGUCUUUUUGAGGUACCAAGCCUUAUGAAGUUUGGUUGAAAACCAUUGAAGAAGCCUUUCUAUUUCCACAGUCACACCUACAAACUCUUCCACAAGGGAGAUUUUCUACACCUGCCUUUUUGGCAAUGCAAAGUACUCCCAUUUGUUUUACCCCUUUUAAAUGGAAGCUGGACUCCAUUUUAUUCUGAGGCCAUGCUUGCGUGUUGAUUUUUGUUUUACUCUGGAACCAGUCAAAGAUAUAGUAAUGGCUUAGAAUAUAACUGUAAACAGCAAUAAAAUGAAACUAAUUUUA